GCGCAUGAGAUUGUAAUGAAGCUGACCAGGGGCAGUGGGGUAUCAAAGCUGCAACCAGGGUGUUAUGUGCGAGUUCUGGCGGCCAAGGCCGGACGGAUCGGAGAUGACAAGUGCGCAAUACUGCGCCUUUCGGAACCAAUAAAAGAGGCGUAUGCAAAGGAGCACAACCUCGACUACAAUCGACUACUCGACUCAUCCGACUACAAGGAGCUGUACCGCGCCAAGAUGGUCGCGUGGGGCGAGGAGAAACGCAACCAGGACUUGUCCUUCUUCUGCCGCCUGGCGGUCAAGAAGAGGGGCCGGCCCGAGUUGCCCGUGUGGAUGGUGAGCGACGCCCGGCGGGAGAGCGACGUCGAGUACUUCCGGGAGACCUUCGCCUGCCCCACGUUUACCGUCCGGGUCAGAGCGCGCGAAGGCACGCGCCGAGACCGCGGGUGGGUGCACACCCCAGGUAUCGAUGAUGCCACAACAGAGUGUGGUCUCGACCAUGUGGACAACUGGGAUUUUGUGAUAAACAACAACGAUGAUGACGACUUGGAAGGCCAACUUGAAUCUGUUCUUCAAGCUGUGCACGAGCAUUGUUCAUGAUGUGCCAAUGGCUUUCUUCAAGACUGCAUUUCCUGCCUGUGCCAAGCCUCAUUAACAUAACCAGAUCUAUAUUGCUCACUACAAUCUGCUUCUGCAUUCAUAUUGACGUUCAACGAAGCAUUCCAAGCUUUUGCGAAGGCAAUCAACAUUUUGAAAAUUGAGCUUUGGGAGUCUACACAACUGUAUAACUGUUUCCAGUUGUUUUCCUGUUAUUAAACAUGUUUAAACACCACCAA